CCUCUGACGAGAGAACUGCACACACACACACACACACACACACACACACACACACACACACACACACACACACACACACACUAGUCGAAUGGCGUGUAUGGAGAACUGGGAACCCUGGCUACACGCAUUACAAUUAGGCAAGAACACGGAGUGUAUGGUCCGUAUCCACCGACGCAUGGGAGAAUACCGAUCGGUUUCCCGGUGAACGGUUCUCCUGGUUCUCCUGCUCUGGAUUUCGCUGCCUUUUCCCGCUGAGCCCCGCGGAUGCUGAUUUUCUCUCCGUCACAGAAAAGAGAAGCGAUGCGGUGGUGACUCCACUGGCCGAACCGGGAUUCAGUUUGUUCGGGUGGUCGACAUCAUCCAUGAUGAAGUUCAAGCCGAACCAGACCAGGACCUACGAUGGAGAGGGCUUCAAGAAGCGGGCGGCGUGUCUGUGUUUCAAGAACGAGCGUGAGGAGGAGGUGCUGCUGGUCAGCAGCAGCCGCCACCCCGACCAGUGGAUCGUCCCCGGGGGGGGCAUGGAGCCCGAGGAGGAGCCCUGUGGCGCGGCCGUACGGGAGGUGUUCGAGGAGGCCGGGGUCAGGGGUCAGCUGGGUCGUCUGCUGGGCGUAUUCGAGCAAAACCAGGACCGGAAGCACCGGACGUACGUCUACGUGCUGACGGUGACGGAGACGCUGGAGGCCUGGGAGGACUCCGUCAACAUCGGCCGUAAGCGGGAGUGGUUCACGGUGGACGAGGCCAUCAAGGUGUUGCAGAGCCACAAGCCCGUCCACGCCGAGUACCUGCGGCGGCUCCAGCUGAGCUGCUCGCCCACCAACGGCAACUCCUUACCGCCCGGACCCCCGCCCAACGACAACUACCCCCACUACAGCGCCCCCGCCCCCCCCACGCCCACCGUUCUGGGGUCCUCGUGCAGAUAGGACUGCUCCACCCUGACCCCCACCCCCCCCCCCCCUGGCCUCCACUUUACUGUCCGGCCGCAGAACGUCUGUACAGUCUACUUGCAUUUUCUCUCUUUUCUGUUUCGGCAUGUCUGUGCUUUGGGUUUCUGUUCCGGUUUAUUGAGUAUGAGAAUUGUUUCUAAGCUCCGCCCCCUCAACCAAAGCCGGACCCCGGCGCGGUUUGGCGGUUGAACAUUGCUAGCAUACAUGCUACCCGCCGCGCCGAGGGAUGCUAACGGACAAACGGACAAAACAAGGAGAGGAGAGGAAGGAAACAAGGAAAGGAGAGGAAGGAAUCAAGAGAUGGGCUUAUGAUGUGUUGGACGCCUUAAAGGCUCGUCUGUGAGAAAGUUCGUCCACUUUGGUUUUUAGUUGCAUUAUCUGACGGUAAACUCAAGAUUAGCCCUUAACUUAAGAUGAUUGGUUGCUAUGUGGGCUUGGAUCUGUGAAAGGACGUCGCCUUUGAUUUAUGAAAAAUAACAAAAAACGGAUGGCCUGAAAGUUAUAUUUAUUAGUAUUAUAAUCUCGAUAAUUACCUAGGUAUGAAGUAUUUACUGAUCAAAAAUUGUCUAAGGUUUUAGGCGCUAAGUUUAAAUUGACCUUUGUUAGGGGGUUGAAUGGUGAGUUGGCAGGUUUAACGAGGUCACCGUAACUUACUCUGAGCGGAGGGGGUCAAAGGUUAAAGGUCAUGGCAUCCCACUGUACUCGACGCGUGCCGGGGGGGAGGGGGGUUGGGGCGCUACCUCACAACUGAACUGAUAACUGGAAAGUCGCCCAUCGACACAAAGCCGCAGAUUUAAGUCCUCGCUACCGCGGUUAGCCUCUUCAAGCUAACUCGUCUGACAAGAAACCAACCCGACAGAUGGGUCGUUUGUCCCUUUUACGCUCCACACUCACACACACACACACACACACACACACACACACACACACACACACACACACACACACACACACACACACACACACACACACACACACACACACUCAAACACACCUUUAAUCAGUUUAUAUAUUUUCGCCCAAUCCCUGACCUCGCGUCGGGAGAUUGUUCGGGAUGUAUUUAACGGUGCAAAGUCUCUAUCUCUGUCUUAAAAUCAUUUAUUUCUUCUUUUUUUAUGGUGAUCACCUUAAAUAUUGGAUCCCUGCCGUCUCUACACGGCCAAUGUGUGCGGGCGAUCCUAUCAGAACUGAGGGGGAGAUGAGGUCAUGUCUUCAAAACCGUUUGAUAGCAGGUUUACCCUAACAUCUGGCCUCUGACGAACAUGUUGUCACUGAUACUACUCAAUAGUACAGAGUUUAAAGUGCUUUGGACCUGGGAUAGCCUACAUCUGCAUACUCACGAAUAUAAUUAUCAACAGGAUCUGUUUCUCGUAAGCCUAAUAUC